GGCUUGGGUUUGAGUUUGAAGGGGUGGCAGUUGAAUCACCGGAGAGAGGCCAGCGGACACGCAGGAGGCAAAAUAGGACACGGAAGAGGAUGGGUUUCCACCUGGGGAUAAACUGGGUCGCUGCCUCGCUGUGUGUAGCCGCGAUGUGGUUAGGAGCGCUGUCCAGUGCUGAACGCGUGUGCCCGCGGACGUGCAGGUGCGACGGCAAGAUCGCGUACUGCGAGUCGCAGGCUCUGCAGCAGAUCCCGCGGAACAUCUCCGCCGGCUCGCUCGGCCUGUCCCUCCGCUACAACAGCAUCCGCUCGCUGCGCGCCCACCAGUUCUCCGGCCUCAACCAGCUCACCUGGCUCUACCUGGACCACAACUACGUGCACGCCGUGGACGCGGACGCCUUCCGCGGGAUCCGGCGCCUCAAGGAGCUCAUCCUGAGUUCCAACAAGAUCACCCGCCUGCCCAACGCCACCUUCCACCCGGUGCCCAACCUCCGCAACCUGGACCUGUCCUACAACAAGAUGCACUCGCUGCAGCCCCUCCAGUUCAAAGGGUUACGGAAGCUACAGAGCCUCCACCUGAGGUCCAACUCUCUCAAGGCCAUCCCGGUCAGGGUCUUCCAGGACUGCCGCAAUCUGGAGUUUCUGGACCUGGGCUACAACCGCCUGAGGAGCCUGGCGCGCAAUGUCUUCGCCGGCCUCAUGAAGCUCACUGAGCUCCACCUGGAGCAUAACCAAUUCUCCAAGGUCAACCUGGCUCACUUCCCACGCUUGGCCAGCUUGAGGACCCUCUAUCUGCAGUGGAACCGGAUCCGAGUUUUUAGCCAGGGCAUCUCCUGGACCUGGAGCUCCUUGCAGAAGCUGGACUUGUCUGGCAACGAGAUCCAGGCAGUGGCGCCCGGUGUCUUCCAGUGCGUGCCCAACCUGCAUAGCCUGCACCUGGAUUCCAACAAGCUGACCACUAUCAGCCAGGAGACCCUGAGCUCGUGGGCCUCGCUCACCACCAUCAGCCUCUCCUCCAACAUCUGGGAGUGCAACAGGAACAUCUGCCCACUGGUCAACUGGCUCAAGGACUUCCAAGGCUACCGAGUGGAGAGUGCCAUGAUCUGUGCGGGCCCCAAGCCACUGCAGGGUGAGAAUGUCAUGGAGGCUGUUGACCGCCAUUCCAUCUGCUCCGGGGCCUCACCGCUUGUCACAGGUAGGCCCCCCGGUCCCCAGACAACGGUCCAGAUGACCGCUCCGGCACCGACCAGCGCCAUCGACCUACUCCGACCUUCCGCCACCACCAGCCACCCCACCAACGAAUCGCUCCCAGAAUCAGAGCAUGACUUGGAGCCCAUCUCCCUGCACAAGAUCAUCGCUGGCAGCGUGGCCCUCUUCCUCUCAGUUACCAUGAUCUUGCUGGUCAUCUAUGUCUCCUGGAAGAGGUAUCCGGCCAGCAUGAAACAACUGCAGCAGCGGUCGCUGAUGAGAAGGAGACGGAAGAAGAGGGAAUGUGAGAGGCAGAUUAAUUCACCCCUCCAGGAGUAUUACGUGGACUAUAAGCCAACUAACUCAGAAACCGUGGACGUACUGGUGAAUGGAACAGCAGCGUGUACAUACAGCAGACCUGUCUCAAGGGAAUGUGAGAAUGUGGCAUCACUGAACUGCUCACUCGAAUAUUUGCAGCCCAUGUGGUGGAGAUAUACUUUCCAGGAGUGACUUCCAGGUGGCAGUGCAGGAACAACAACACAGUUCCAAGUGAAAAUGGGACGUGUGGCUUGGAGGAGAACUUGCAGGUGGCGGUGUUCCCACACACCUGAUGCCCCUUGUGGUCCAUCCAGUUUCAUUCUUUUUCUUGACAUUUCAAAAGCAGUACCAUACAGUGAGUUGUUGGCAGUAUAACUUCACUGGCCAUAAAAGAGCUAACUACAAUGUUGUGGUUGUGGAGACACGUAUAAGCCAGACCAAGCAAGGAUGGCAGAAUUCUUCCCCGAGAGGACACAAGACUGUAAGACCAUGAGAAACAGGAACAGGUGUUGUCUGCUUAGCCCUUCAUGCCUGCUCCACUAUUCAAUAGAAUCGUAGCUGUUUUAACAUUCUUCUUAGCUACUGUAUUGUCCUCUCCCCAUGACCUGUGGUUCCCCUACCAAUUAAGGAUCUAUCGAUCUACCUCAGCCUGAAAUAAAAUCUCCAUAAAAUUUUUUGAUUCAUGUAUGUGGGUGUCGCUAGCUCGGGCAUUGCCUCAUCCCCUCAUUGCCCUUGAAAAGGUGGUGAUGAGUUGUCUUCUUGAAUUGCCAUGGUCCAUGUGGUUCAGUCCACUCAUUGUGGCGUUAGUGAGUGAGUUCCUAGAUUUUGACUGAGCGAGGUAGUUCAAAAUCAGGAUGGUGUACAAUUUGGAGAGGAGCUUGCAGACAGUGGUGUUGCCAUGUAUCUGCUGCCCUUGUUCUUCUAAAUGGUUGACGUCAUAGGAUUGGAAAAUGCCAUCAAAAGAAUGGUGAUGAGUUGUUGCAAUGCAUCCUUUAGAUGGUGUACACUACUGCCACUAUAUAUUGGCAGUGCAGGGAGCAUAUGUUCAAGGUGGUGGUUGGGUGCCAAUCAAGCAGGUUGCUCUAUCAAACUUCUUGAGUAUCAUUGGAGCAGCACUCAUUCAGGAAAAUAGAGUGAGUAUUUCCAUCAUACUCUUUCCUUGUGCCUGGCAGAUGUCUGGCAGCUUUAGGGAGGCAGGAGGUGUGUCACAUACUGCAUAAUUAUGAACUCCAGAACUUUUCUUGCAGCCACAGUAUUGAUGUAAAUGGUCUAGUUUAAUUUGUAGCCAAUGGUAACCCUUAGGGGCUCAGAAGCUUUCAAGUCAAGAGCAAUUCAGUUACCUGGGAACGGUGUUGAUGUUGGCAGUAUCAGAGGGGUCAAAGGCAUUUCUUUCUUUUAGUCAAAGGAUGUUGGAUGGGCUCAGAUUUGUUGCUAUUCACUCAUGGCAUCCUGCUCGAGUUGUGAUUGGUUGUGGAUCCUGAGUAAGUUGCUCGACCGUUUCAGAGGGCAUGAAGUCAGCCUUCAGAUACAAAUUAAUUGCCUAUUAACCAGGCCAGGUCAUGAAAUCUACUCUUUUCCCAAAGGCUAUUUCCAUAUAUUUUGUAAGGGAUGGGAUUGAAGGCUGAGGUUAAGGAGGUUGUUCAACCCAUCAUAAAUAAUGGACUUGUGUGUCCCAUUUAUGAGUGUUUGAGGGCUCUUCCUAAAAUGGCAAUGAAAUGAAGUUAAAAAUAACCAAAUAUAAUCUCAAAUUUGUUCAGUCGUAAGGCUGGUAGAUAUUCUGUGCUUUGUGCUUACUACAGUGAAUCAACCGGACAAAUAUUUAUUUUGCUAAUACAUCCACUCCUUCAUAAAGAAAACGUGGGUGAUCAUUUAAACAAUGUCUGGCUAUUUUGGCUUCAUCAAUGUGAGCUUGGCAAAAACUUUGAAUUUAAGAACAUCAAAUAUAAUUCAGGCAUUAUCGCUGAAAAUGGGUGAAGAACUUUACAGAAAGAUGGUUAUUUCCCACUCUGAAAGGGAAAAUACCUAUAAUUUACAAGCAUUCGCCAAUCAAAUAUUAUUCCCACUUUGAGCUCGACAGGUUAAAUAGCUUUAGAAGGACAACUAUCACAACGUCAUUGCUGUAGGUCAAAUUCACAAUCACACACCAGCUAAUUCCUCACCAAUGCCAUCGGACAACAUCCUGUUCACGAAAAUUUACAGAGAACUUCUGACAUUUGCCAUCAGGAAACAUGGUCAACCUGUCAUUUUCCACUCAGCUGCUCAAACCUUCCAGAAGGAGGCACAAUUUUGAUCACUAAUUCCAUGGCAACUCUUGAAUAGGAAAACUGGGCUAUUGUGCACAGUGUUCAGUGAAUGCAGCUGCCACUCAGUGUACAUGGAGUGGUGCACAACAGAAGUUCCCACAAACUAUCUUAAGGUACUUGCUAGAUAACAAGGUGUAGAGCUGGAUGAACACAGCAGGCCGAGCAGCACCUUAGGAGCACAAAAGCUGACGUUUCAGGCCUAGACCCUUCAUCAGAAGUGGGGGAGGGAGAAAGGGUUCUGAAAUAAAUAGGAAGAGAGGGGGACAAGAGAAUUGCAGUGGGAGAGAGAUCCCCUGAGGUUUGUCCGGAGGGAGGAGGGUAACUUCUUCAGGUUAGGCAUCCCUAGAAGAGGCUUCGCAGUGAGGUUAAAAUUGUACCAGUGAUAACGGGAACUGCAGAUGCUGAAGAAUCCGAGAUAACAAAGUGUGGAGCUGGAUGAAAACAGCAGGCCAAGCAGCAUCUUAGGAGCACAAAAGCUGAUGUUUCAGGCCUAGAUACUUCAUCAGAAAUCGGGGAGGGGGAGAGGGUUCUGCAAUAAAUAGGGAGAGAGGGGGACAAGAAAGUUGCAGUGGGAGAGAGAUCCCCUGAGGUUUGUCCGGAGGGAGGAGGGUAACUUCUUCAGGUUAGGCAUCCCUGGAAGAGGCUUUUAGCCAGGCAGGAAUGCAGGUGCUAAAAUUGGCUUUUCAAUUGCCAGGGUCAAAUAAGCCAUGGUGCCUCCUUGAGUAUUUACAGUCCUUUGCUUAAAAGCUGAUAAUUCCAGAUCCUAGCUGAAAUACAAACACAGCUACGAUCUUACUAUGGCUGAGCAACUGAUCAGCAUCAUUUAUUUCAGUUCACUCAUGAAGAAUGAACAUCUGGGUGAAAUGAUCAGGAAUCAGUGAAUUAUACGUCAGCCAGACUCAAAAAAACGGACUGUGAUAAGGAGAGGAAAGGCCGUAGAUAAUUCUGCCAAGAAAAAAAUCAAAGUUGAAAUGUCAGCAAUGAGGCAUUCCAACAAGUCGUGUUUAUUCAGUGCUUUGAAUUAUUCCAAUUUUUGGUGAUGCUUAACCCAGUUGCAACUGUGUCUCCAUUAAUAUGCUGUUUAAAUAUUGAACUCCUUGGUUAAUUUAUAUUGUUUCCUACUAUAUUAUGCUGUUUCAGGAUAAGCUGCACCAGAAUCAUUCUGGAGUAAUUUUACAUUUUAAACCUUUAUUUGUACAUAUUAUUUCUUGUGUUUAUACAAAAGGCUCUUGUGACUGGACACAAUCCAUACU